ACUUAUCAGAUUUCUUCCCUACACACGUUCACCAGCAACAGCCGUACCGGAAAUAUGACUGAACCCAUUGUGUUAUACGACAUUCCAGGAAAGAAUCCCCAGUACAAGGCCUGGUCACCGAGCACCUGGAAGACUCGUUUCGCCUUAGCUUACAAGGGCUUGCCAUUCAAAACGGAAUGGGUGGAAUACCCGGAUAUCGAAGGUUUAUGCAAGAAGCUCGGUGCUCCCCCUACCCAAAAGAAGCGGGAUGGGAGUCCCUUAUACACUGUUCCAGUCAUAUAUGAUCCAUCGACACAGACAGUUGUUGAAGACUCUUGGAAGAUUGCCAGGUACCUUGACAAGACGUACCCAGACACACCACGAGUUAUCCCAGAGAACACCGGAGGACUUCAGGCGGCUUACAUGUCUGCCUUUGAAAACGCCGUCUCCGGUCAUCUCUAUGACCUCGUCGUCCUCGCAGCGUGUAAUAAUUUAAACCCACGAAGUGAGGAAUUCUUCAGAACCACGAGAGAGAAGAGCGAAGGAAAGAAGCUUGAGGACAUUGCUCCUCCGGGAGAGGAACGCGAGAAGCUUCUGAGAGCGAUGUAUCUCGGCUUGAACAGGGUAGCGAGCUGGUUCGACAAGAACGAAGGAAAUGGGCCGUUCAUAACGGGCACUUCCAUGACGCACGCAGACAUUGCAACCGCAAGCAGGUUGAUAUGGGCAAAGGUAGUGUUGGGAGAAGAGUCAGAGGUGUGGAGGGCCGUCGUGUCCUGGAAUGGUGGACGCUGGGAUCAAUACAUGAAGCAUUUCGAGAAGUAUGAAGUGCUCACCUGACUCGAUGUCGAUUCUGCAUAGUAGGGUGGGAUUAGAAGCAUAGGCUGAAGUCGGUCCCCGGUGUGGGGAUCCCGGGUGAGGGAUGGGGGGAAGCAUUAGUUGGUUGGUUGGUUAAGCUUCAUAUCAAGUGCAAUGGCAAUGUAAAUAGAUCAUCGUGUACAGGUCGCAAACAGCAAGACUUCGGCAUGG